AUGGGGGGCCAUUCUGACCUAGUGGAAUUUUUUAUUGAGAAAAGUUGUAAUACUUCUCAGAUUAAUUCCGAAGGUGCUUCUUUAUCAUUGUUAGCUUGUCAAAGUGGAGAGUUAGCAUUAGUCCACAAGCUUGAAUCAUUAAACCUCUUCUCACCAGAUGACAUAACGAAGUCAGGGGCUGGUAUACUACAUUAUACUUGUCGUUCAGUGAAUAAUAAAAGUGUUGAGCUUUUAAAGUAUCUUUUAAAUCGAUAUCAAUUAUCCAUUGAUGUAAAGAAUAGCAAAGGUGUGACUCCACUUCAUAUUGCUUCAUGUCUGAGCUUAACAGAUAAUGAUGGUAACAGUGUUAUUCAUUAUUCAUCAUUAAAAGGUCACACUCACUUUAUCAAGCAUAUCACCAGUCAGUAUCCUCAGUAUAUCAGUUUUCUGCACUCUACAAACAAUGAGAAUUGGGUACCAUUGCAUUUUGCCUGUGGGAAUGGUAAUAUUCAAUUGGUCACAUUUCUCAUAAAUGAUAUGAAAUGUGAUGUCAAUGCUAAGGAUACACGUGACAAUACGUGUGUCACAUUUGCCUGUUUCUCAGGUAAUCUUGAUCUAGUACAAUUACUAAUACAAGAGUAUAAGCUUGAGCCUUUAGCUACUGAUAAAUAUGGUUUAACAGCAUUACAUGCAGCAGCAAUGACUGGUCAUACUCAUAUACUGGAAUG